UGAUUCUUUGAACUGCUUCUAACGAAUCAUUUACAAAACAUAAAGAACUGAGGUGAAAUUAAACGUAUAUUAUGAGAAAACGAAAGUGUUUUUUGACCUUGUAUGCAUGUAAACCUGUUGUGGGAGACUCAUAAAACAAUAUUAGGAACCUUAAAGGAAUAAUAGGGGCACUUUAAUAGGUUAAAUUGACAGUGUUACACCCUCGUACCUUGUUACAUAUUCCCCCACCACGACUCAUUUUUGUUUUGUCUCUAAAUGUCUUUCAGAAAAUCAAUGCCUGAUCUUUCUUCUUGAAUAAUUACCACAGUGGACUAUCAGAUUCCAUAAUGGUGUUCAUUGUUUUUAAAAGUGUCGUAUGGUCACUGUUGAUUAUCCUCUGUAAAUGUUUAAUAUCCACCACUGCCGCUGAAUCAAGAGCAGCAGUUAGUCCAGUUUUGGACUGUGAGCUUUAUCACGACACAUACAUCUGCAUCGGUGCUCAAUACCGCAUGUACUGCAACACAAGAAUGCAUCGUUUCUACUACCAGAGAUACCAAGACCAAAACCAAUACCAGUGCUUGAGUAAUGACUGUCUCUGUGUUGGUAAUAAUGACACCUGUGCAUGCUACUAUAAUACUUCAUCCUGCUUCUGUGAGAUUUUCAGCAAUAACAACACUAUCCCUACAGCAGUUAGGCCAGUUUUGGACUGUGAGCUUAAUAAUAACACUUACAUCUGCACUGGUGCUCGGUACCACAUGUACUGCAACACGACAGUGCAUUACUUUAGCUAUUCAAAAUAUCUGUACCAAAACCAAAAUCAGUACCAGUGCUGGAAUAAUAACUGUGACUGCCGUUUUAAUAAGGACAGCUGUACAUGCUACAGUAGUGUUUCAUCCUCUUGCUUCUGUACAAAUUACGGCUAUAGCAUCGCUCUCUCUUCAACACGUAGUCCAGUCACAGACCCUGACUGUAGGCUUUAUAAUGAUACAUACAUCUGCGCUGGUACUCAAUACAGCAUGUACUGCAACACAAGAAUGCAUAAUUUCUACUACUGGAGAUAUCAGAACCAAAACCAACAUGAAUACCAAUGCUGGAAUAAUAACUGUGACUGCCGUGGAAAUAAGGACACCUGUACAUGCUAUAGUAGCACUCUUUCUUCCUGCUUUUGUGAGAAUUACAACAACAACAUCACUAUCCCUACAGCAGUUAGUCCAGUCACAGACCCUGACUGUGUGCUUUAUAACGACACGUACAUCUGCACCGGUGCUCAGUACCGCAUGUACUGCAACACAAGAAUGCAUUAUUUCUCCUCCCAGAGAUAUCAGUACCAAAACCAAUACCAGUGUGUAAAUAAUAACUGUAACUGCUAUGGUAAUAAGGACACAUGUACAUGCUACAGUCACACUUUGUCCUCCUGCUUCUGUGAGACUUACGGCAAUAUCAUUGCUCUCACUACAGCAGUUACUCCAGUCUAUGACUGUGUCCUUUAUAACGACACGUACAUCUGCACUGGUGCUCAGUACCGCAUGUACUGCAACACAGGAAUGCAUUAUUUCUCCUACCGGAGAUAUCAGAACCAAAACCAAUAUGAAUACCAAUGCUGGAAUAAUAACUGUGACUGCCGUGGAAAUAAGGACACCUGUACAUGUUACAGUCGCACUUUGUCUUCCUGCUUCUGUGAGAAUUACAAUAACAACAUCACCAUCCCUACAGCAGUUACUCCAGUCUAUGAUUGUGUGCUUUAUAACGACACAUACAUCUGCACUGGUGCUCAAUACCGCAUGUACUGCAACACAGGAAUGCAUCAUUUCUCCUACUGGAGAUAUCAGAACCAAAACCAAUAUGAAAACCGAUGCUGGAAUAAUAACUGUGACUGCCGUGGAAAUAAGGACACCUGUACGUGUUACAGUCGCACUUUGUCUUCCUGCUUUUGUGAGACUUACGGCUAUAGCAUUGCUCUCAUUACAGCAGUUCCUCCAGCUUAUGGCUGUGUGCUUUAUAAUGAUACAUACAUCUGCGCUGGUGCUCAAUAUCGCAUGUACUGCAACACAACAAUGCAUUAUUUCUCCUACAGGAGAUAUCAGAACCAAAACCAACAUGAAUACCAAUGCUGGAAUAAUAACUGUGACUGCCGUGGAAAUAAGGACACCUGUACAUGUUACAGUCGCACUUUGUCUUCCUGCUUCUGUGAGAAUUACAAUAACAACAACACCAUCCCUACAGCAGUUAGUCCAGUCUAUGACUGUGUGCUUUAUAACGACACGUACAUCUGCACUGGUGCUCAGUACCGCAUGUACUGCAACACAGGAAUGCAUCAUUUCUCCUACUGGAGAUAUCAGAACCAAAACCAAUAUGAAUACCGAUGCUGGAAUAAUUGUGACUGCCGUGGAAAUAAGGACACCUGUACAUGUUACAGUCGCACUUUGUCUUCCUGCUUUUGUGAGACUUACGGCUAUAGCAUUGCUCUCAUUACAGCAGUUCCUCCAGCUUAUGGCUGUGUGCUUUAUAAUGAUACAUACAUCUGUGCUGGUGCUCAAUAUCGCAUGUACUGCAACACAAGAAUGCAUUAUUUCUCCUACAGGAGAUAUCAGAACCAAAACCAACAUGAAUACCAAUGCUGGAAUAAUUACUGUGACUGCCGUGGAAAUAAGGACACCUGUACAUGCUCUAGUAGCACUUUUUCUUCCUGCUUUUGUGAGAAUUACAACAACAACAUCACUAUCCCUACAGCAGUUAGUCCAGUCACAGACCCUGACUGUGUGCUUUAUAACGACACGUACAUCUGCACUGGUGCUCAGUACCGCAUGUACUGCAACACCAGAAUGCAUUAUUUCUACUACCAGAGAUAUCAGUACCAAAACCAAUACCAGUGUGUAAAUAAUAACUGUAACUGCUAUGGUAAUAAGGACACAUGUACAUGCUACAGUCACACUUUGUCCUCCUGCUUCUGUGAGACUUACGGCAAUAUCAUUGCUCUCACUACAGCAGUUAGUCCAGUCUAUGACUGUGUGCUUUAUAACGACACAUACAUCUGCACUGGUGCUCAGUACCGCAUGUACUGCAACACAGGAAUGCAUUAUUUCUCCUACUGGAGAUAUCAGAACCAAAACCAAUAUGAAUACCAAUGCUGGAAUAAUAAUUGUAACUGCAUUGGUAAUAAGGACACCUGUACAUGUUACAGUCGCACUUUGUCUUCCUGCUUCUGUGAGAAUUACAAUAACAACAUCACCAUCCCUACAGCAGUUAGUCCGAUCUAUGAUUGUGGGCUUUAUAACGACACAUACAUCUGCACUGGUGCUCAAUACCGCAUGUACUGCAACACAGGAAUGCAUUAUUUCUCCUACUGGAGAUAUCAGAACCAAAACCAAUAUGAAUACCAAUGCUGGAAUAAUAAUUGUAACUGCAUUGGUAAUAAGGACACCUGUACAUGUUACAGUCGCACUUUGUCUUCCUGCUUCUGUGAGAAUUACAAUAACAACAUCACCAUCCCUACAGCAGUUAGUCCGAUCUAUGAUUGUGGGCUUUAUAACGACACAUACAUCUGCACUGGUGCUCAAUACCGCAUGUACUGCAACACAAGAAUGCAUCAUUUCUCCUACUGGAGAUAUCAGAACCAAAACCAAUAUGAAAACCGAUGCUGGAAUAAUAAUUGUGACUGCCGUGGAAAUAAGGACACCUGUACAUGUUACAGUCGCACUUUGUCUUCCUGCUUCUGUGAGAAUUACAAUAACAACAUCACCAUCCCUACAGCAGUUAGUCCGAUCUAUGAUUGUGGGCUUUAUAACGACACGUACAUCUGCACUGGUGCUCAAUACCGCAUGUACUGCAACACAAGAAUGCAUCAUUUCUCCUACUGGAGAUAUCAGAACCAAAACCAAUAUGAAAACCGAUGCUGGAAUAAUAAUUGUGACUGCCGUGGAAAUAAGGACACCUGUACGUGUUACAGUCGCACUUUGUCUUCCUGCUUUUGUGAGACUUACGGCAAUAUCAUUGCUCUCAUUACAGCAGUUCCUCCAGCUUAUGACUGUGUGCUUUAUAAUGAUACAUACAUCUGCGCUGGUGCUCAAUAUCGCAUGUACUGCAACACAACAAUGCAUUAUUUCUCCUACAGGAGAUAUCAGAACCAAAACCAACAUGAAUACCGAUGCUGGAAUUAUAACUGUAACUGUGUGGGUAAUAAUGACACCUGUACAUGCUAUAGUAGCACUUUUUCUUCCUGCUUUUGUGAGAAUUACAACAACAACAUCACUAUCCCUACAGCAGUUAGUCCAGUCACAGACCCUGACUGUGUGCUUUAUAACGACACGUACAUCUGCACUGGUGCUCAGUACCGCAUGUACUGCAACACAAGAAUGCAUGAUUUCUACUACCAGAGAUAUCAGAACCAAAACCAAUAUGAAUACCGAUGCUGGAAUAAUUGUGACUGCCGUGGAAAUAAGGACACCUGUACAUGUUACAGUCGCACUUUGUCUUCCUGCUUUUGUGAGACUUACGGCUAUAGCAUUGCUCUCAUUACAGCAGUUCCUCCAGCUUAUGGCUGUGUGCUUUAUAAUGAUACAUACAUCUGUGCUGGUGCUCAAUAUCGCAUGUACUGCAACACAAGAAUGCAUUAUUUCUCCUACAGGAGAUAUCAGAACCAAAACCAACAUGAAUACCGAUGCUGGAAUAAUAACUGUGACUGCCGUGGAAAUAAGGACACCUGUACAUGCUCUAGUAACACUUUUUCUUCCUGCUUUUGUGAGAAUUACAACAACAACAUCACUAUCCCUACAGCAGUUAGUCCAGUCACAGACCCUGACUGUGUGCUUUAUAACGACACGUACAUCUGCACCGGUGCUCAGUACCGCAUGUACUGCAACACCAGAAUGCAUUAUUUCUACUACCAGAGAUAUCAGUACCAAAACCAAUACCAGUGUGUAAAUAAUAACUGUAACUGCUAUGGUAAUAAGGACACAUGUACAUGCUACAGUCACACUUUGUCCUCCUGCUUCUGUGAGACUUACGGCAAUAUCAUUGCUCUCACUACAGCAGUUACUCCAGUCUAUGACUGUGUGCCUUAUAACGACACAUACAUCUGCACUGGUGCUCAGUACCGCAUGUACUGCAACACAGGAAUGCAUUAUUUCUCCUACUGGAGAUAUCAGAACCAAAACCAAUAUGAAUACCAAUGCUGGAAUAAUAAUUGUAACUGCAUUGGUAAUAAGGACACCUGUACAUGUUACAGUCGCACUUUGUCUUCCUGCUUCUGUGAGAAUUACAAUAACAACAUCACCAUCCCUACAGCAGUUAGUCCGAUCUAUGAUUGUGGGCUUUAUAACGACACAUACAUCUGCACUGGUGCUCAAUACCGCAUGUACUGCAACACAAGAAUGCAUCAUUUCUCCUACUGGAGAUAUCAGAACCAAAACCAACAUGAAUACCGAUGCUGGAAUAAUAACUGUGACUGCCGUGGAAAUAAGGACACCUGUACGUGUUACAGUCGCACUUUGUCUUCCUGCUUUUGUGAGACUUACGGCUAUAGCAUUGCUCUCAUUACAGCAGUUCCUCCAGCUUAUGGCUGUGUGCUUUAUAAUGAUACAUACAUCUGCGCUGGUGCUCAAUAUCGCAUGUACUGCAACACAAGAAUGCAUUAUUUCUCCUACAGGAGAUAUCAGAACCAAAACCAACAUGAAUACCGAUGCUGGAAUUAUAACUGUAACUGUGUGGGUAAUAAUGACACCUGUACAUGCUCUAGUAGCACUUUUUCUUCCUGCUUUUGUGAGAAUUACAACAACAACAUCACUAUCCCUACAGCAGUUACUCCAGUCUAUGACUGUGUCCUUUAUAACGACACGUACAUCUGCACUGGUGCUCAGUACCGCAUGUACUGCAACACAAGAAUGCAUGAUUUCUACUACCAGAGAUAUCAGUACCAAAACCAAUACCAGUGUGUAAAUAAUAACUGUAACUGCUAUGGUAAUAAGGACACAUGUACAUGCUACAGUCACACUUUGUCCUCCUGCUUCUGUGAGACUUACGGCUAUAGCAUUGCUCUCAUUACAGCAGUUCCUCCAGCUUAUGAAUGUGGGCUUAAUAACGACACAUACAUCUGCACUGGUGCUCAGUACCGCAUGUACUGCAACACAACAAUGCAUUAUUUCUCCUACAGGAGAUAUCAGAACCAAAACCAACAUGAAUACCAAUGCUGGAAUAAUAACUGUGACUGCCGUGGAAAUAAGGACACCUGUACAUGUUACAGUCGCACUUUGUCUUCCUGCUUCUGUGAGAAUUACAAUAACAACAUCACCAUCCCUACAGCAGUUAGUCCGAUCUAUGAUUGUGGGCUUUAUAACGACACGUACAUCUGCACUGGUGCUCAGUACCGCAUGUACUGCAACACAGGAAUGCAUCAUUUCUCCUACUGGAGAUAUCAGAACCAAAACCAAUAUGAAAACCGAUGCUGGAAUAAUAAUUGUGACUGCCGUGGAAAUAAGGACACCUGUACGUGUUACAGUCGCACUUUGUCUUCCUGCUUUUGUGAGACUUACGGCUACAGCAUUGCUCUCAUUACAGCAGUUCCUCCAGCUUAUGAAUGUGGGCUUAAUAACGACACAUACAUCUGCACUGGGGCUCAAUAUCGCAUGUACUGCAACACAAGAAUGCAUUAUUUCUUCUACCGGAGAUAUCAGAACCAAAACCAACAUGAAUACCGAUGCUGGAAUAAUUGUGACUGCCGUGGAAAUAAGGACACCUGUACGUGUUACAGUCGCACUUUGUCUUCCUGCUUUUGUGAGAAUUACAGUAACAACAUUACCAUCCCUACAGCAGUUACUCCAGCUUAUGGCUGUGUGCUUUAUAAUGACACAUACAUCUGCACUGGUGCUCAGUACCGCAUGUACUGCAACACCAGAAUGCAUGACUUCUCCUACUGGAGAUAUCAGAACCAGAACCUACACCAAUAUCAAUGCUCGAACAAUAACUGUAACUGCAUUGGCAAUGAGGACACAUGUACAUGCUACACUAGCACUUUGUCCUCCUGCUUCUGUGAGACUUACGGCAAUAUCAUUGCUCUCAUUACAGCAGUUACUCCAGCUUAUGACUGUGUGCUUUAUAACAAAACAUACAUCUGCACCGGUGCUCAGUACCGCAUGUACUGCAACACAACAAUGCAUGAUUUUAACUACUGGAGAUAUCAAAACCAAAACCAGUAUGAAUACCAAUGCUGGAACAAUAACUGUAACUGUGUUGGUAAUAAGGACACCUGUACAUGCUCUAGUAUGACUUUGUCCUCCUGUUUCUGCGAGUAUAACAUCUCCACCCCAACCACCAUCAGUCCAACUACUACAGGUCUGGAUAACAUACUGCCGGAUCAAUGCAGGAGUCAGAUCUCUGGAGGAUGUCUUCAAAAUCUUCUCGACAAUAUAGAGAACAUUACAGAUCAAGUGCUUCCUUUGACUGUUGUGACUACAGUUUUGGAUGUGGCUCUUAACACGUCAAAGAUUUCGGAGUCAGCUGACACAAAGGAACAAGUGACAUUUGGAAAUAGUGUAAUAAAAGCCAGUGAGAAGCUCAUAUCUUCACUGGUGAAGCCAACAGACACAAGUGACAAUGUCAGUUUUACUCUCGACUCCAUAGAGGUACAAGUCUUCAUGAUUGGACCCAAAUUUUCUUCAGAUCAAAUCUCUCAGCUGGACACCAAAAAUGCUUCUAUGGACAUUGAUCUUGUUGGGAUUGCAAAGAGUAACAACGGAACAGCUGCUGUGGCAAUUAUGUGCUAUUCAACAAUGGAAACUUUACUGAAGCCAGAAUUAUUCAACUCGUCAAAUGACACGGUUAAAACCAUGAUGUCCACUGUGAUCUCAGCUACUCUUCCCAAAACCACCAACACUGAACUCACCAAACCAGUCAACUUCACCCUCAAACACAUCAGAGAGUUCGACCCCAGCGGUUCUCUGUCCUGUGUGUACUGGAAUAUCAGCGAGUGGAUUGUAGAUGGUUGUUCUGUUUUAGAGACCAACAGCAGCUACACUGUGUGUUCCUGUGUCCAUCUGUCGACAUUCGCUCUCAUCAUGCAAACCAGCAGACCACCAAAGAGCGACUCACUGCUGGAUCUGUUGAAUUUGGUGUGUGUGAUCAUGGGGCUGGUGUUCUUCAGUUUGUCCCUGUUGACCUUUGCCCUUUGUCAGUGGAGUCCUGGAGUGAAUAAUGUGGCACGAAUCAACCUCUGCAUCAGUCUUCUGCUGGCUCACCUUCUGUUCCUGCUCACACAACAGUUCCUGAACCUCAUACGCCGUCAUCAGGUGUUGUGUGCCGUGAUAUCAGGUGUGCUGCACUUCCUCUUUCUCUCCGGCUUUGUGUGGAUGUUCAUUGAAGCUGUGCUGCUCUUCAUCUGUGUGAAGAACCUAUCACAGAUCAGCUCCAAAAAGAGGGAGGUGCUUAGCACUGGAUACUUGUGUGUGAUUGGAUAUAUGAUUGCUCUGGUUGUGGUGGGCGUGUCUGUCGGGCUUGUUCCUGAAGGCUAUGGCAGCAAACACUGCUGGAUCAAAAUGGAUAAAGGUUUUAUCUGGAGUUUUCUGGGUCCUGUUUGUGUCAUACUAGCAUUGAACAUGAUUCUCUUCAUCAACAUCUUCAUCAAUCUGAACUCAACUCUCAAAAAACUGAACGCUGAAGUUUCACAGAUGAAACAAACCAAGACUAUGACAUUUAAAACACUGGCUCAGUUUGUGGUUCUUGGUUGCUCCUGGAUUCUGGGUUUCUUCACUAAUGGCAGUAAGGAGCUGGAGAUCCUCUUCCUGAUCUUGAACUCUCAGCAGGGAACAUUCAUCUUCCUGAUCUAUUGUGUCUUUAAUAAUGAGGUCAGACAGCAGUGCUUCAGAUGUCUUUGCUGUGGACUCAAACCCAACAACAUCAAAAGUGUCCAGAAAAAAUGUUGAGGACUACAGCAUCCAUAUUCAGGAAAUGAAUGAAGCACCAUUAUCAUACAGUGAAUUAACACUACAACAUAAUCAACGCUUUCAGAUAUUAACACCAGUCUCAGCUUCUGCCUGUAAAUUAUCCUAAUGUAUACUGGUCUUAUUUUAUAACUGUCAUCAAUUUUGAUGUAAAUCUUUGAACUUUCUUUACUAUUAGUUUCUUGGUGGAGGGUUUGUUGCCUCAUUCUUUUAGACCUGUGUGUGAUUUAUUUAACUUGAGACCCCUAAAGUAAUUUGUGUUUCCUUUUGUUCACUAUAAUCCUUUAGUUAACCUUUAAGAAUAUUAUGUGUGACGAAGACAGUAAAUGUAAUUUUUUUGCAUAUUGAUAUUAAUCAGUAAAUAAUGUAUUUGUUUCCUUGUGUUUUUCUGCAGCUUUAAUGAGUCUCUAUUAAAUAUAAAGGACAUUAUCUAGUAGAAUUACACUUUUUACAACAGAUGUUUCACCAUAUAUCUUCAUAUACUCUACCAGCCACUUCAGAGAUUAUAUGUUCAUAAUAUUAUCAUAUAAUUAAAGUUUUAAUCAUAGACAUGUUCAUUCAUCCACAAGACAUUAUUCACAUUGACUGAAUGAUAUCACAGACUCAAAUAUGGCAUAGUUUACAGGUAUGAAAAUAUCUACGUUUAGAAACAGCUUUACAUACUUUGACAAGCAUAGUUACAGAGUAACUGAGGGAUGAUAUAUUCUUAAUAGUAAUUUCACCCCAAUGAGACCAUAAAUGUUUUUACACGCACACACACACAAAAA